UGACCGCUUGACUAACGGAAUAUAUACUUACUUCAAUACUGUCCGUAUUAUCUAAUAGUUUGGUUUAAGGGCUUGCUAUAUUACCGUAGUUUUCACGCUUUAUCACCGAGAAUGGACAAAGUGCGUACCAACAUGACUGAGUUCUGGAAGGAGCAUUCACAGCAUGCAACUGUAGAGGAGAUGAUGUUGGACUCAAACGCCCAGCAGCUUACCCAGCAUGAGCUUCCUGAGAUCCUGGAGCUACUGCCCAGCUUGGAUGGCAUUGAUGUACUGGAACUAGGAGCUGGUAUUGGACGAUACACAAGUCAUCUCGUUGGCAAGGCUCAUUAUGUGCUGGCCGUGGAUUUCAUGGAAAACUUUGUGGAAAAGAACAGAAAAGAUAACAGCCAUCUUGGCAAUGCUGAAUUUAUUCAAGCUGACAUCACACAAUUGGAGCUUCAGGAAAACAGUUUUGACCUGAUCUUUUCUAAUUGGCUGUUCAUGUAUCUGAGUGAAAAGGAACUGCAUGCACUGGGAAAAAAGAUGCUGUCCUGGCUUCGUCCCGGGGGCUACCUCUUCUUCAGGGAAUCCUGUUUUCAUCAAUCAGGAGACUGUAAGAGAGAUUUUAACCCCACCCACUACAGAACUCCUGCUAAUUAUAACCACCUGAUGACAUCAUUGAGAUGGGAGGAAUCAGGAGACAAGUUGUAUGGGUUUUAUAUAGUGCUGAGCAGAACAGUACAGAUUUAUGUCAAGAUGAAGAAGAACCAAAACCAGGUGUGUUGGUUAAUGCAAAAGGUUAGUCGGAACGAGGUCCAGCAGCAUCAAGGUGGCUUCAAUACCUUUCAGCAGUUUCUGGACAAUCAGCAAUACACACGGCAGGGCAUUCUGCGCUAUGAGAUGAUGUUUGGCGCUGGUUAUGUCAGCACCGGAGGGCCCAGCACUACCAGGGAGUUUGUUGACCUGCUAAAUCUGAGACCUGGACAAGAAGUUCUUGACGUGGGCUGUGGAAUAGGAGGAGGAGAUUUUUACAUGGCCAAGAACUUUGGGGUGGAGGUUUUGGGAAUGGACCUUUCAUCAAACAUGGUGGAGAUUGCUAUGGAGAGGGCAGUAGAGGAGAAACUGCCAUCUGUGCAGUUUGAAGUGUCAGAUGCCACUAAGAGGACGUUUUCAGAGAGCUCGUUUGAUGUGGUGUAUAGCAGAGACACCAUUCUGCACAUCAGUGACAAGCUAAGACUCUUCAGAAAAUUUAAUUCAUGGUUAAAGCCUGGUGGUAAGGUGCUAAUCACUGAUUACUGCUGUGGAGAGAAACCAUGGACUCCUGCCUUCCAGGAGUAUGUUAGCCAAAGGGGCUACAUCCUCUACACACCACAAAGAUAUGGCAUGUUCUUGGAAGAAGCAGGUUUUACUAAUGUAAAAGCAGAAGACAGAACAGCUCAGUUCAUUAAAGUGAUAAAAGAUGAGCUUAUAAGGGCUGAGAAGAUUAAAAAUGAAUUUAUACAGGAGUUUUCCCAAGAGGACUAUGAUGCUAUUGUAAAUGGCUGGACGGAAAAGCUGCAGCGCUGUAAAACUGGAGAUCAACGCUGGGGUCUGUUCUAUGCCACCAAAGACUGAGAGAAAAAGAAAGAAUGUGAAUGAAGGGGACCUAAAAAAGAACGAAAAAAAUAUUAUUUUUACAGUUACAUGCAAGAGUUUUUACCUCCAUGGUUGUGGGUGAAAGUAUACAAACCACAUUUCUAGAAAUUUUGGGACACUUUCUAAAAAUUCAAUAAAAACAAAAAACUGUAAAA